CUCUGGCUAUUUAUCUGCGUAUCCUUGUCAGUGUGGGCUCAAUUCGCCAUACUUAACAUAUGCGUCAGGUGUUUGUCCGCGACGUGGAAAACUACUUGCAACACAUUUAAAGCAGGCACCAGCUGCAGCAACAACAAACAAAAGCAGCUCUCUAGCACACUUCAAAGCACAUUACACUACUCCGGCAAACAGCUUGUGGACGAAGGGGCGGGGCGUUCGUGUUUGUCCUGAGACACUGACAGAGAUCGUGGCACGUAGCUGGGCUAAUGCUGCAACUUUAAAAGGCUUUCCCCAGAAGCAAGAAGUAACAGCAAAAGCGGACGAAGAAAACAAACAGAGGCGCGCUGUCAUGAGUGACCGACUAGAAGAUGCCCUGCGGCCGGCGAGGUUCAUUCCUCUGUCACAGAGUAUAACAAAUUCAUGUUUGUUCUUGCUCUGCGUAAAGCGAAAAUCCCUAUUUGAUAUGUCUGUAUCUUAUAGCUCGAGUUGAUAUAUUUAACCUGUACAGGCUAAAAAGUCGAUUAUCAAUUGAGCUCAAACGAAAAUAUAUAGAUAAACAUUAUUUAAUAUCCAACUAGAAGACAUUUCGCUAAUCUAGACCUAAUAGUCAAUUGAUCAACUUAGAUGGCUUUUAUCAGCCUGUGUCAAACGCUUUCAAAUAAACAUUGUAGCCCUUUUCAAGCAAUUUUCUAUGGCUGCAGGGUAUACAAAUGUGCCAGAAAACUAAAGACUGAAAUUCUGCUCGACCUAGGACAGUGGGUCUUCUCAACGUGCAGGAUACGUAACGCAAACUAAAACUAAUCCAGUGCCACGCCCACCUAGCGUGCAAGUGGAGUGGAUUUUGGCACCAUUGGCACUGGUAACCUGCAUAUUUAAUGACAAGUCCAAAGACCCGAGACCCAGAAACAAACCAAAUUCAAGCCAGACGAUGGGCAGGCAGGAGUUGGUAGCAAACAAGUUUGGGGGCAGGCGUGGCUUUGAGGCGUGUACGUGUUCGAGUGCCAGCUGGCUAAAGUGCCGCUGGCGAUGCGUGGGCGUGAGCUAGAGCGUAGGCGUGGCCUGGCUUGGCUUCAACAGCAAUUGGCAAGCUGACAAAAGCGCCAAGAGCAAUGCCAACUAAUGCCAAGCGCCAAAAACCUGCUCGGAUAGUGUAAUUACUCGCAAUCUUAUCAAAAUGCCGUCGCGUGCCUCUUUCGGCGUCUAUAAAAGCAAAGCACACACCAAGCACUCGACACACACACACACAGCCGGUCUCAGCAAUAUGUUCGCACUGACAGCAACAACCACGCUUAUUGCCCUGAACAGCGCAUGCAACAUGCCGCGGCAGCAGCAGCAACAACAGCAGAUUCAGCGGUUGCAACAAAUGCAGCAGCUGCAAAUGUUGCAGCAGAGUCAAUACAAGCAGCAGUUGCAGCCGCAGCGAAAAACGCAAGAGCCAAAAGCAAAUCCCAAGCAAAGUGAAGCCACAGCAAAAACUCACAAAAAGUGGUAUAAGAAAUGCUGUAAAAGACAAAAAACUACAGAGCCGCAAGAAAUUCCAAAACAAAACUAAAGACUGAUGAACUAACUUUUUCCAAUAUAUAGUAUUGGCUUGAACAAAAAUAUCUCUCACAAAAAAAUAAAUAAAAAGUUUGCUACAGUCUUAGAUUGGACUGUUCUUUGGUCUCAUUUAGGUUAUAUUUUAUAGCAUGUACAAAUUUGUGAAUUGCACACAAACUAGUUCGAUGCGAAACUAAACAAAAAAGAUCUUGUGACACAAUAAGCCAACCAAUGCUUACAUCCCACUGAUAUUUAAUGAAAUGUACUAAGCAUUAUGAGCUUAAAAUCUACAUUUAUUUUAGUAGUAAAUGCGAGGCCCUGCACAAACAGAUAUAAAGCAAAUUUCAGACAAAACUAAAUCACUUAAACUGAAACCUAAACGAAAGAUAUUUUUAUCCAAAUGUAUUCAAGAUCAAAAGUCAAAUCAUGUUGCAAAAGACAUAUGGUUAGAUAUAACUUCACAUGCAAUAAAUCUCAAAAUAAGCCAUAAAUAAUAGGUUCACCCAAACUUAAUUGGAGUGCAUUCAAUGAACUCUGUGCUUUAAAACAGCCCAAUAACAUGACGUCAUUUAGUUAUCAAUUACAAUAGUUAAAUAGUCGAAUUUAAAAAAUGAGCCCUGGCCUAUUGACAGCUCUGAACUAUCUAUUAAUAUCUUAUCAGCUAUGUGAGAUAUGCAGCUUGUUCGACUUAUAAAAGUAAGGCAAGUGCCCGCCAAUGCCAACAGUAGAGUUAACUGCGUCCAGACAAAAACAUCAGCAAGGCAACAAACAUAUAGAUCACAAAUAAUGUCUGUGCCGCCAGCAACACUUGUUAUUAUUGGAGCGAGUGCAAACAAUGCACAAAGAAAACGACAACAGAAACAACAACCACAAAAGAGCAAGUCCAGUGCUCAGCAGCCAGAAGGUAAAGCUCGAGAGCAGUUACCCCAACAACAACAACAGCCACAGCAACAAGCACAGCCAAAUGUCAAGUCAAAUAGUUGCCAAAUAAGUUAAAAGCGAAAAAAAAACCCAAACAUUUGGCAGCUAUCUUAUCGGUUAUCUAGCGACUAUUUGUAAGGAUUUGUGGCAUGAAAAUACAUUUGCUAUGACAUAAACAUUAGACUAUAAAUUGACGGGGUGGGGACUGUAAAAUUUUAGUAAGACGACACAGCGAAAACGCAGCGGAACGCGAGCGAAAAAUUAAAUUAAAAAAAAUGGAAAGCAGAACAACAACAACAAUUGAAGAAAUUAGCACGGAAAUAAAUGGCGCAAUAGUAAUAGAAAGUUUUGAAAUAGCAACAAUUGAGACGUCGCCAACGCCGGCGAAACGCGUGCAUCAUGAACAGCAUCAUCACAAACAUCAUCAUCACCGUCAACAUCAUGAUCAAGGGGCAACAACAUUAACCAUAACCGAUGUCAGCGAUGGCGUGGAUAUUACAGAGAUUGAACAGCCAGAGACUGAACAUCACCACCAUCAUCAUAAAGACAAACAAGCCGAACCACAGAUGUCCUUGCCACCACCACUGCCCAAGUCCUCGCCACCCUAUCUAACGCCCAGCGAUGAGCAGGACCAGUUUGUGUGGCUUACUGAUUUGGAUGCGUCGCCACAGCAGCCAGCAUCAUUAACUGUAGAGCCAAAGCCGCUGGCAAUGCAGACACCACCCACGCCCAGCAACUCAACCGGCUGUCAACCACUCCAGACAGCAGCAGCAGCAGCAGACACUGCAGUGACAGCAGCAGCAGCAGUAGCAGCUACUGUAAGUCAAACAGCGUUCAGCAGUGAAACUCAACUGCAGCAGUCUGCACCUGCACCACCGCCAACUGAAACAACCGAGCAGGCUGUGUGGCUAACGGAUUUGGAUGCGCCGCCACAACAGUCCGCGCCCUUGGUUACAGUUAAGCAGUUGCCACAACAAGUACCAGCCGUCAACAAUAGCUCUGAGUGGGUGGUGCAGUCGUUGACCGUGGCAGCAACUCCGACAGCUACAGCAACAGCUCCAUCAGUACGCCAAACGGAGCUCAUCAUUGAGAAUCAACCGAUAAAGGCGGCGCCUUUGGCACAACCUAUGGUGCUCGUCGGCGAGGUAACUGCCGACACCAUCGAUAAACGCAGAAAAUCCUAUAGGGUCAGCAUGGAUUUGACUGCACCACCACUGCAGGAGCCGAAGAAACGAUGUUGUUGCCGGAUUUCCUAAGCAAUUAAUAUAAAUCUACACCUUUUAAUAGAGUUUCAACUGAGCUUUAAUUGGAGCUUUAAGUAACAGUUAAAGCUUUCUACUUACCCUUAAAAAAGGGCCUUCCAAUGGAAUGUAUUAUGCGUUAGAUCUACAGCGGCAUAGUGUGUGUGUUUGAAGCUUCUUAAGUUCUAGUCAAUAUACACACUUCGCAUAUAUUGCAGUAGAUCUAGAGCUGCAUAAUUAAAGCUGUCUAAAUAAAUGCUUUAAGCUGUCUGUAAAUAACAUACGGCCUGCUUGAAGCUGUAAAACAUUGGAGGAGAUGAACCAUAUAGUUCAUAUUAUUUAUGAGCAUCUAUGUAGGUUUUUCACACAUUAACUAGAAUAAUCCAAAAUACGAAAUAAACUAAAACAUCUUAUCCGA